UGUAGAGUAAACGAAGCGACGUUGACGCCAUGUGUUAUUAUUGUUGUGAUUGUUAUUUCCGCCGGUUAAUUUGCUCUUUAGAAUAGUGGUGUCUGGUAGGAGGUCCCCUUUCCUUCGUCGCUUUCUGAUCUUGUUCAUCCACGGAGCGGCAGAUAGACGAAAUAGAUAGAUUUACAGGUAAAACGCGUAUGGUUGGUCUAUCGUUGGUUAAUCAGGCAGCUCAUCUAUCUAUCCAAGGAUAUGUUUCACGGGCAUUAAUGGUGUUAGUGGCGGUGCCUUUUUUAGUGCUGCAGUGGUGGGCUAAUGUUUGUUCUUGGUUGUAUUGACUGUACAAUGGUUGGUAUUUGAUGCAGUAUCACCUAACCGAGUAAAUCACCUAGCGAAAUAGCUGUAGACUCCGGCCGUUGUUGUAGUCAGAUAAACACUCUCGUUUACUAGUACUCCUAUUUAUUCCGAGUGAGCUUUCGCUGGUAUCAAAGUGAGUGACUCCGUCUGUCGCUGCUCAUUGCGGGUGACUGUCGACAGUUCAGCAACAACUACACUACUACCACAAAUUCUACCUAUACUUCUACGGAGGCCCAUAAUUGGACUAGUUCCAAUCUGAGCGCCGUCACUGCCUUGUAAUUGGGUUGGGUUACUGGGGCGGCCGGUUCAGGUCCGCUGGCCAGAGGGUCAAGAUUACGUUCAGGACGGAGGUGAUGUCGGGGGCUGGCGGGGCAGCCGGUGGAGGAGCUCUUGCGGGCGCGGCUGGCGGCGGUGGAGGUCCACAGAGCUCUGCAAACAAGGUGUUCAUCCAACGAGAUUACACGGAAGGGACCGCGGUCCGCUUUCAGACCAAGUUCCCGCUCGAACUCGAGCGUUUCAUCGAUCGACACCAGUUUGAAAAUACAGUGUCUACUCUAAAUAACUUCUACCGCCAAGCAGAGAAGAUGAAUUCUAGUUCGUUCUGCGAAGGUUGUCUAGCAUGCAUAUCUGCUUACUUGCUCUACCUCUGCAUGGAGACCCAUUACGAGAAAUAUGUGAAACAGGCGGCCAGCUUUAUAGAUCACCAAAACGAGACAAUUUACGUUCCGCGAGGGUUAUACAUAACCGAUCCGUUAGAACGUGGCCUUCGAGUGAUCGAAAUCACUUUGCUAGACGCUAGGCCUUGAUUGCCAACAUCUCUUCGUCGUGCUCUGUGCAGAUACAAACGCGACAUUAGCAGGUCAAAUGCUAAUCGAUCUGGUGUAGCCGAACUGCAUCCGGUCCAGUUUCUUUUUGUAGUACCAUACUCAGCUCUCAGUUCGGGAUUCUCGUAA